CUGACACACAGGGACUUGGCUGAUCAACUAGUGAAGAGGAGGAAGACGCUCUCACUUCUCACCCCUGCUCCUCAGCUCCAUGGUAUAGGAGAGCUCCACCUACAAGCUCUCCUUGAUUUUCUCCAGAACUUAUUUCAUUAGCAUCUGACUGUGCCGCAUCAUGCUGUGGAUGAAGUGGAAGAUGGUGGUGGACUCCCUGCGUGGACGGAGAAGGAGGCUGCCCUGUUUCCUCUGGUUCCUCCUGCUGUUCGCUGUUGGAGGUCUGGUUCUCUUCAUCCACCAGCAGGAUCUGUCGGACAUGGUCCAGCAACAAGUCCCAGGCAUGAUGCUUGGAAGCACUCCACGGCAGUCCAGAGAGACUCUUUCUACUCAGGACAGAGAGGGAAGUAAAUCUGACAACCAUCAAGCAACAGAAGGCGUCUUGUCCAGCCUGGUUCCUCCAAUGCAGUUCCCACACUUUGAGAGUAGCCGACAGACAGCAACCCCUGGGUCUCCAGAACAGGACAUAGACCCCCAUCAUGUCUCCAAAAGACAGCGCAAGUUGCUGAAAACCAGGCCCCAGAUCAGUCACCCCUCCAAUAAUGUUUCGUCAUCCUUCACAUCUUCCACCUCAGGCUCUUUUUGCCAUGAGAGCUGGGUAAAGCUUGUCAAACAAUUGGAGGAUCGCAAGAAACUGAUGAAGGAAAUAUGUGCUAAGUACAAAAGCAGCAUCUCCAGGACCAUCACACGGCAUCAUGUGAAAUACCUCUUUGUGGUGGACAAGUACAAGUUGUUGUACUGCCAGGUGCCCAAGGCGGGCUGUUCCAACUGGAAGAGGACUCUGAUGGUGCUUGCUGGCCAGGCCUACAACACUCAGAGUAUUAAACAUGAUUCAGUCCACUAUGACCAUCGCCUCAAGAAGCUCGACAGCUUUGACCAAAAGGGCAUCAUGCAUCGACUGAAAACGUAUACCAAAGUCAUGUUUGUCCGAGAACCCUUGGAGAGGAUGGUGUCGGCUUAUAGGGACAAGUUUGGAAAUCCAAACAACUACUACCACUCACUGUUUGGGAAACCCAUCAUCUCCAAGUACAGGGCCAACGCGUCCUUGGAAGCACUAAGGACGGGCAAUGGGGUCACAUUCAAGGAGUUUGUCCAGUACCUGCUGGACGUCCACAGGCCUGUGGGAAUGGACAUCCACUGGGAGCAGGCCAACCAGCUCUGCAACCCUUGUCUCAUAGACUACGACUUCAUCGGAAAGUUUGAGACCAUGUAUGAGGAGUCCAACUUUUUCCUGCGAUUGAUCGGGGCACCACAGAACCUCACGCUGCCUAGUUUUAAAGACAGGAACCCAACCGAGACGAGGACCUCUACGCAGGUCACACAAAAUUACUUCUCAGAGGUCAGUAUGAUGGAGAGACAGCGAGUCUAUGACUUCUACUACAUGGACUACUUGAUGUUUAACUACUCCAAGCCUUUUAAAGAUUUAUAUUGACUGACUUCCUAUAAAGACUCUUGAAUCACAGUUACAUUCCACCAUGUCUGCAUCUCUACCAUCUAGCUCUACAUGGAGGAAUCUCUAUCCGUCUUUCAAUUUGUUCCACAUCUGCUCGUCCAAUCAACUUCAAACUUUGGGAGGGGUGUUCUUCUGGAUCUACGGAAGGGCAGUGUGUGCCACGAAGAGUUUUUUUGAUGAGUUGUGUUCGAGCAAAUUGACAAAGUUUCCUCCUUUUCUUUCUCUUUUAAAUCGAGACACAACCCUUUGAUGAUGUCAGGGAUGACAUCGCCAAUGAUCACGUUUUAGCUUGACGGGCAGCGCACAAUGAUGGUAAUGAAGUUCGAUCACACAAUGACAUGGAUCUUUGCACCUGACUAGGGAGAUCAGAAAAAACAACCAUGUAAAAUCUGCUGUUUAUCCUCAUUUAAAAAGAUUAUAUGACAAAGGUUAUGUUAAUGUGACGUAUUAAACACACAAAAUUGUGCUGAAAUACAAGGUAUUUAUUCACUAGGUGUGGUGAGAUAUCAUUUGAAAUUAUAAAUGUUAUGUUUCUAAAGAAGGUUUCUUGUUGUUUUGCAGGCUGUAAAUUAUCCCUCUAUGUGAGUCAAAUAGAAAUUGCAAAUGAAAUUUUGUUUUUAUUUUAUUUGUAUAGCGCAACACUACAUAUAUUAUCUCAAGGCACAUUACAUUGUAAGGGUAGAAACCUUACGAAGUUACAUAAAUAUGUUUUAGGGUUUAAUUCAACAUGAAGCCAGAUAUUUUCCCAUCACAUUCUUAAAUUUAAACAUGAUUUCGUUAUAUAGUAGUUUUGGAGCCCCUAUACCAUAAGAGUAACGACACCCCAACAUGUUAGAUUAUGCUUUUAUUAGUUUUUGAUUGACCUCAGAUGAGGCUCAUGUAUUGAUGGACUCCUCCAAUCACCCUCAACCACCAGGUACAUGCAAACAGUUUCUCUUUUAUUUUGAAAUAUUUGUACUUACAAUUUGACUUACAAUAAGUUGGCCAUCAGCAUACCUCUAUGUAUCAAUACCUAAUAAUACAGAUAUUUCUUGUAAAUGGUUUUACUAAACGUAAAGUGUAACAGAAAUGAAAACACUUUAAAAGAGUAAAGAGUAUAAAUGUGUACAGUGCUGCCCACUGGGAAGCUUUGUGCACUUAUUGUAGCAUUUUUGUACUUCUAACUUUGUCGGUUAGGUUUGUGCUUUAGUCUAACACAUUCACUGCUGUAAGACCUCCCCAGCCCCAUCACUACUAGUAUUUACAUAGGUUGUCAUAUGCAGGACAGCCAGGUACUCACAGGGUACAACAUGUUGCUGCCAAUCAUCUCUUAAUAUCUUUUAGUACAACAGAACAAUUACUUUCUGUUGACAGCAUUGGCAACCAAAAUGAAAGGAGGCAAAAACAGGGGUUUAUAUUUGGUGUGAAAUAUAAACUAGUGAAAUAAUAAUAAAGAGAGUGGCCAAACCUCUCCAUGGUUCAUACCACACACUCUCCAGACAGCUCCGACUUCUCACACUCAUUCCCUCUGUACGUAUCACAUCUCUUCUACUUCACUAUAAAGGCUUUUUUCUGACACUACUGUGUACAAUUGUAUAAUGGGCAUUCAGAUGACUGUAUAUUUUUCUAUGUAUUUCUAAAAUAUACAUAUAUAUAUAUAUAUGAAUAUAUAUUCAGUGCUUCUUGGUGAAGGUCUGUUUAUUUCCUUUUUGAUGUCACUGUUCUUUCAAUAAUACCACUAUAGAGUGUUGUGUAACUGAAGAGUUUCUUUCCAAAAUAAAAUAUCCACUACCUAAAAACUGGCACAUCCCAAGUAGACAAAUGACUGAAUACAAUACGUGGUACCAUUAAAACUGCAGAAGAUUAUUAAAUAUGAUGGAUUAUAGUUACCACUGGUUGCUCUGGAGGUAGCCAACCUUUUCUUUUUAAUGAAAAUGGAUAUAUAUAAUUUUGGAAAGUAGCUGUUUUAUUACUUAUCCCUGAACUGAUUGGUAUCUCAAUAGAAUAGAAGACCCUGUACAGAUGAGCUGCAUUCCACCUAGUUACUCAUCCUGGCUAACGACAUCGUUGCCAAUAGCAACACCACUAUGUGCGUAUGUGUGUGUGUGUGUGUGCGUGUGUGUGUGUGAGUAUGUGCAAUACUGAAUACGCUGUUUAGACGCUUUACAAUCUUUUUUCCCACAUCUUUUGGAAGCAUACAGUAUAUAUAUAUAUAUAUAUAUAUAUAUACACUUUGCAGGUAUGGUAUCCUGUUUCUAAUGUUGCUAAACUGGUAUUUUCCCAGCACACCACCCACCUGUGAACUACUUUCUCAAGCUCUGACUGUAGCAGGUCAGACCACACUGUGAUCACACACAAUGUGCACUGCAAACUGCAAAAAGACUGGCAAUUCGUAUAGGUUCUAAGCCUUCAAACUAAAAUAUUGUUCAAUUUGGCUUCUCUAUACAUCUCUUUAUGUAGGGAUGUAUGUAAGAUAAUUUUACAGAUGAAGAGGAUAAUCUAAUAUGAAAGAAGAAUCAGAACUAUUCAAAAGGCUAAAUAUGUAUUGUACAGUAUAAUAUACUGAGCGCACACUUUAGCCUAGGUGUCUCCAAAUAAAAGUUGAGUUUAAAUCUUCUUGAUUUAAUGUGAUGCCAAAAGAAAGAAUUGAAAUACCAUGAAUGCAAAAAUAAUAAGAUAAAACGGCUACAUUAAACUGGGUACAGAUAUUAUAGAUAUUAUUACAAUGUAAAGAUGACUUCCAUCUGCUGUGAUGCUGGGAAAAACCUACAGCAUGGCUGGUCUCCAAUAAAGCAGUCACUGCACUUCACCACUCAAUUAAAAUGUGUUUUAUGUAACAAAAUACUUUAUAGAGUGGUUUUGUUUGCCUCUGAGUAAAGGGAAAUUUAUAUCAUUUAAAUCUAUACAUGCUAUAAUCAACUUUUGAAGACCUCUAAGAAUUCUGGUGGUAUAGCCCUUUUAUGGUGAUGGAUAUUGUAUGAACUUUGUCAGUAUAGUGCGUUGGCUUUUGCAAUCCCAAAAUAGUUUCGGUUGUGGUCAGAUUAUAGCUAAUAUUACUGGCCAAAACAGCUUAUGCAUUAUGAUGAGUAUUGCUCCUGCAAACACGACGUAAUUCGCUGCCCCUCAGCUAAUAAAGCUUUCUUGGUAUGUGGGUGUAUGGACAGAUUUAUCAAAAGCAUAAUUACUGUAACAAGUGAAUGUAUAACUGUUUAUCAUUGGUGCAAAAGUGUAUAAAAACAUGAUCUUAAGCCCUUUGCCUUAUUUUACACUGCCAAUCAAAUGGUGUAUUUCAGGAAGACAUUCUUCAGGUGGUUAUCGUUUCUGGCUGAUGAGUGUCUACUAAUAAACUGUCUUUAGCAUUUUCA